GGGUUCAUCGAAUUAUGAUAGGCAACCAUUGAUCAAGUCCUGCCCCACUAAAAUCAUCUAAAUAACAUGUUUGUUUCAGAUUUUUUCUUCUUCUAAUUGCAGGUUUUUCUUGGGUUGGCGCCAUUGAAAGGAGGAAAGGAAAAAGAAGAAGCAAAAACGCCAUCUUUUAGGUUGGCGCCAAAACAAGGAGAUUGCUAUAACGAUAUUACCUACCCAUGGGGAUUCCAAAACACCAUCUCAGGGUCUCACUCGCUUAGAACAAACGGACAGCUUCCAUUUUCACCAAAACCACUGUUUCUUCCACGAAAAUCUCCCCGUUCCCUCUUAAAACUUGAAACCCACUUCCCUCUUUUAAUCCUCCACUCUUGUUCUUCUGUCAUCAUCAUAAACGCCCAUCUCACUCUAUCACUCGCCACAACCGAGUCAACUAUCUCCCCUCUCAAAUCCAAAACAUCAUCACUGCCCACAUUAACCACACACUUGUUCUCUUCGAUUUCUCUUUUACGCUUUUUGUCUGCUUCCGUCUCUCCUUUAAUCCUUUUUUACUCAAUUCCCUACCAGCUGCGUCAAUCUCAUAACUUCCUCUGUAGAAUCUGAAGCCAAAACCAACCAUUUAUUGCGAGCAAUUGUCGCAUAUGAGCAUUAGAGAUCCUUUUCGCAUCGUGGGAUGGAUCCAUUCGGGAUUUUUCGUGCAGUGCUGUCUCUCUCGGCUCUUGGAGGCUCCAUUGCGCAACAGGUUAAAAAAAAUAAGGGGCUUUCCUGUUCUCACGUAAUGGAACAUUCAAAGUUGCUAUCUUCAACCCUGGAGUACAAAAGGCCCACUAUUACUUGUGUGUUAUGCAUGCAGUGUCUGGCACCGUCAUCUGGUCUGCUAAUCGUGAUGGUCCUAUCUCAAGUUCUGGUAAAAUGACUCUCACAGCGAUUGGAAUUACCAUUGCCGAGCAAGACGGUAAUGACAAAUGGUCAACUCCACCACUAAGAUCAUCAGUAAAUGCACUGCAGCUAACUGAGAUGGGCAAUCUUGUUUUACUUGACCAGUUUAAUCAUUCUCUUUGGGAGAGCUUCCACUAUCCGACAGACACGAUUGUCAUGGGACAGCACUUACUUGAGGACACAAUUCUAUCCAGUGCUGUAUCAGAUGAUGACUUGUCAACCGGUGAUUACAAGCUGACUGUCAGUGGUUCAGAUGUCUUGCUGCAAUGGUAUGGGCAGACAUACUGGAAAUUAUCUAUGGAUGCCCGAGCUUACAGGAACUCUAAUUAUAUAAAUGAAUAUAUGGAAAUUAAUGGAACAGGUCUCUUUCUCUUUGGUCGUAAUGGAUCAGCAGUUGUGACACAGGUGACCUUGCCUCCAUCCAAGUUCCGAAUUGCUCAGUUGGAUGCUUCUGGCCAGUUCAUGAUCAGUAGUUUUCUGGGUACUGACAGGAAACAGGAAUUUGUAGGGCCAAUUGAUGGUUGUCGAAUUCCAUUUGUUUGUGGCAGAAUUGGACUGUGUACUGGCACUUCAUCCAAUGGCCCAAUUUGUUCAUGCCCCCAAGGUUUCCUAAGAGGCUCACAAAAUUCGAGCGGCUGCGCGCCAAGUGAUGGUUAUUCUUUGCCAUUGGCUUGCAAUUCAGCCAAGAAUGUUACUCAGUUGAAUUCAUCUGAUGUUUCUUAUCUGAGGCUUGGCUAUGGUAUGAGUUACUUCUCUAUUGAUUUCUCUGAGCCUAUAGAAUAUGGUGUGAAUUUGUCAGUCUGUCAAGAUGUCUGCACUGCUGACUGUUCUUGUUUGGGAAUUUAUUAUCAAAAUUCUUCUGGAUCUUGCUAUGCAUUUGAAAAUGAAUUAGGUUCCAUUAUAGCAAGUACUACAGAUGAUGAUGAUCAUUUGGGCUACAUUAAGACUUUAGGUGGAAAUGAUUCACCUUCCAACAAUGGGUCUACUAAUCAAAGACAAGACUUCCCUUUAUUUGCUCUGGUGCUGUUAACUUUUACUGGGUUCUUCAUCAUAGUUGUUUUCAGUUUCCUCUGGUGGAGAAAACGGAGUUUUUUGAAGAUUAAAGAGACAAAACUAGGCCAUGCAAACUCGAUUUCUUCAGGAGAUCUGGACGCCUUCUACAUCCCAGGCUUACCACAACGGUUUGACUAUGAAGAGCUCGAGGUAGCUACUGAUAAUUUUAAGACCAAGAUAGGGUCUGGUGGGUUCGGUGUUGUAUACAAGGGUACACUGCCUGAUAAAUCAGCUGUAGCAGUAAAGAAGAUAACCAAUUUAGGAGUCCAAGGGAAAAAAGAUUUUUGCACUGAAAUUGCAGUAAUCGGAAAUAUACACCACGUCAACCUGGUGAAACUGAGAGGAUUUUGUGCCCAAGGGAGACAGCGCCUUUUAGUUUAUGAGUAUAUGAAUCGUGGCUCACUAGACAGGACCCUCUUUGGCAGUGGGCCUGUCUUGGAAUGGCAAGAGAGGUUUGAGAUAGCGCUCGGAACUGCACGUGGGCUUGCAUACUUGCAUUCUGGGUGUGAACAAAAAAUCAUUCAUUGUGAUGUCAAGCCAGAGAAUAUUCUUUUGCAUGACUGUUUUCAGGCUAAGAUAUCUGAUUUUGGCCUCUCAAAGCUUCUAGGCCCUGAACAAUCUAGUUUAUUUACAACAAUGAGGGGUACCCGUGGCUAUCUUGCACCUGAAUGGUUAACUAAUUCUGCAAUCUCAGAAAAAACUGAUGUUUACAGUUUUGGAAUGGUACUGCUUGAACUUGUAAGUGGAAGAAAAAAUUGCAGCAUGGAUGCCAGUAACAGUGGUUGUGGCCAAUCGAUUUCAUCAUCUGGAUCUGGAUUUGUUUAUUUCCCACUAUUUGCAUUGGAGAUGCAUGAGCAAGGGAAUUACUUGGAGCUUGCUGACCCAAGGCUAGAGGGACGGGUAACAAGUGAAGAAAUGGAGAGAUUAGUACGUGUUGCUCUAUGUUGUGUUCAAGAGGAGCCAUUAUUGAGGCCUACAAUGGUUAGUGUUGUUGGAAUGCUGGAAAGCAGCACUCCUUUAGGUCAGCCAAGAAUAGAAUCUCUGAAUUUCUUGCGCUUUUAUGGACGUAGAUUCACUGAGGCUUCCAUGAUUGGGGAGGAAAAUGAACAGAGUGACAUCAUCUUGUAUCCAGAAGCAAAUACAAGUGCUACAAGCACAACAAAUGGCUCACAUGCUUGUUUCUCCUAUAUCUCUUCACAGCAGAUCUCAGGCCCAAGAUAGUGUAAAUGGAUGAGAUACGUGUUGCUCAUGUAUAGAUAUUUUGAAUGAAUGGAAAUCACGUAAUGUAUUUGGUUUAGAGUUACAGUUGUUCAUAGCAUUCCCUCUAGAUUGAAGCUGUGUCUUCGUACUUGUUACUAAGCUCAAAAUGAGCUGAACGAGUGGGUAGUCUGUCUUUGUAUUAUGUUCGUCAACUUUAAUUUAUUAUUUUUCUGCCA